UUUCUUUCAGAGGCCCCUGUGGGGAAGGUGACACGCCAGGCAAUUGGGGGUGGCCAGGAAGCACUGAUCUGCCAGGUCCACGGCUUCUACCCCAAAGAUAUUGAAGCCACCUGGAGGAAGGGAGAGGAGAACUUGGAUCAUGAGACCUUCCGUAGGGAUAUUGCUCCCAACUAUGAUGGGACAUACUAUACUUGGCUCAGCACUGAGAUUGACUCCAAGGAGAGGGACCUCUAUCGGUGCCACGUGGAUCAUGCCAGCCUGCGAAAGCCUCUGGUCUUGGCUUUUGAAGAGACUGGUGUCAAUGUGGGGCUUAUUGUGGGAGCCAUCGUGGGAGUCAUGGUAGCUGUGUUGCUGGCAGUUGGGCUCACCUUCUUUAUUAAGAAAUGUAGAAAGAAGCGAGACUAUGAAAAAGCAUCAAUCAAUCAUCUAGUUGUUUGCAUUUUGUACAGCAUUUGUUCAAACAGUGGUCCCUUGCUUUGCGCGGGGGAUCUGCUCCGGACCCCGCUACAUAAGGCAAGUUCCGUCUAUGCUCGAAUCUCAUUGAGGAUAAUGGGCCUUGUGCACGCAGCGGCGUGAGUGCCGCAGGUGCGCAUGCCAUUCAUUAAAUGGCACUGAGCUUCUAGAGUAAGCUAGAAGCCACAUAAAAGGUGCCCAGAUAUCAUAUGGGCUCACUGUAUAUUCCUCAAAUUUCUUUCUAUUUCCACCUCCAUCUCACUGUUCUAUGUAUAUAUUUAUUUUUGUUUCCAGAUUAUGUAUAUUUCUUUACUCAUAUAUUUUACUUAUUUCUUAUUUCUUUCAUAAGAAAUUGAUUUUCCAACUAUUAUUUACAGCUUUAUCUAUUUUACUUUCCAGUCUAUUAUCAUAAUAUAAAAUCAGUUAUUAGACCAUAUUUUCUUACAAUAUUCUAUUAACGAAUCCCAGAUCUGUUCCUCAUUAAUUAAUUCAUCUUUCAUUAAACUUAUUAUUCUAUCCAUUUCCGCUACAUCUAAUGCUUUUACAAACCAUUCAUCAAUACAUGGGACCUUCCAGUGGUUUGCAAAUUUUUCAUGACCGCAUAGCAACCCAAGUAAUGUGAGGAAGAUCUUGGUGACAGAGAACAGCCAAUUUUUGACUCAGUUUCUACCCCAGCUUUGCCCAACCUGCUGCCCUUCAAAUGUUGGAGGCUCCAGUUCCUGUCAUUCUCAGCCAGCAUGAUCAUUGCUCAGGGAUUAUGGGAAUGAUCAAAAACAUUUGAAAGGUGGCACCAGUUUGGAGAAGAUACCAUCAGUUCUCUAAGAUCUUUAUCACACGUCGACCUAUGUGCCUCCAUCUCAAAAAUGGUUAAAGUGCUGCCAUCCCACAAAAGCAAUCCCAUUUGCUAUUGGUUAUCACACAGAACACAUUGGGGUUAAAAGCACAUUAAAGUGGGCCCAAUGAGAAUUUGGCUAUCAAAAGGAGACGAACAAAUCCUUAUUGCCUGCUUAGAAAUACCUCCUCAGCGCAUGCUCCAAAGUGUCAUUUCCGCAAGUGCGCACACACACACAUGCUCCAAGGAGGGGAGGGGAGGGGAUACUGGGGGGAUCCUCUUUGCCAGAGAAGCCCCAAAAGGUGUUUUAGAGAAAGGCAGAAUGAGGCUGCCCUUUGCAAACUCCAAACCACACACAAAGACACACACACACACACACACACACACACGAGAGAGAGAGAGAGAGAGAGAAAAGAGGAGGCUGGGUCCAUAAGCCUGCCUGAUUUCAUGCCCUCCUUUUCCAAGGCAUGUCCUCCACUUCUCUCUCCUAUCCAGGAGGACUUAAAACAUCCUCUCUCUGCCUUCUUCUAUGAGCUCUGCCCUUAAUUAGAAGAGGAAAAGCAGCCCGAGAGCCUAAAGACGGGAGUAUGUUUGUGUAUCCCUAAGGAAAGAGAGCAUUCUCCCUGUUUGGCACAGCAAGGCACCCUGGGAAACGAAGUCAUCUGGAGGCUUGUUUUCCACAUGGUUGGCGUGAUGCAAAGGGAAUGAAUUUGCAAGCAAAAUGGACAUGUAUAUCUUGUAGUUUUGCAAAUUUGCUCAUUUCUUGAUUCACCUCACAUUCUCCCUGGAUUCUGUCUGGAUUGUGUGCAGCAUCAUGCGAUAAGCAGCUGCAAAGUUGUCUCUAAAGCCGUGAAUGACCCUGCAUUGCCCCCACUUUAACCUUUUAAUUUCCCUCGUGUGAUAGAGUCCACAGUCUUUAAUGGCCAGAUAUUAUGGCUGAGGAAAAAAUGCUGGUAUAGAUCAUGACAAGGAGAUUGCCUCUGAACAGAGAUGGCCUGCAGGGUCCUCACAGUCUCUAGUUCCUGUCUGUUGGUUUGUGGAAACAGCUGCAGCUUCUAGGCAUUAGACAUCUACAACUCAUAAUGAAAAAGUGCUGAGUAGCUCUUCUACAUUUUUUGCUUAAUGAGUUUUCUGUGCUAAGAAAAAAGAUGGGAAGAACAAUGGGAAAAUGCAGGAUAAUGCCAACAUGUGAUCUCCUGCGAAUUUCCAAAAUCCAAAGAAUAAAAUCUGCUCACAAGUCUGGCCUUUUAUAGGCUUUCAAGCAAUAAACCAUUUGGAAAAAAGGCUCUAGAAUCUCCUGUCUCUGGAUGCCAUAUACCCAUUUUUAUGUUUUGUGACUAACCCAACGCUGGCUUUUGACUGAAGCCUAUUCCAAAUUGGAAUUGAUGGGGAAGGAAAGAUUGAAUUGGGAAAGGGAACUAGAAAGGAAUGGAACUGGAGAGAUAGAAAUUAACAACUGUUCGCACUGGUGCAGGGCAACCAGGGGAAUCCUGGCUUUGGAGAUGCCCUGAUCCUCCCUCAUUGCAAAGGCUUCCUGUUCCAACAUUGGGUGGGGUGGCUGAUCGUAUAUGAUAUGUCCUGCUCAGCCACCUUGCACGUCUUCUGCCAUGGCAAGGUUAUUUCUCUCUUGAGGUGAGGAAACAUGGCACCCAGCAAUC